GACAAAUCCUUUCGAGCGUCAAAAAUAUUCCCUUUACGUCAAAAAUCACAACGCGAUUGAAAGUUGUGCCAACGAAAUAUAUUUAAUGUAUUUUAUGAAGUAUAAUUAAGAUGUACUCAAGCGACGAUUACAAUGAGGGUGGUUAUGAGUCCUAUGGCGACUAUGAGCCUCAUACAGGAGACCCGCAAUAUGACUUGGAGUAUGACAGAUCAUAUUAUCAAAUGCCGGACAUGGUAAAAAAAUUCCUUGUCUAUUUUCGUAAUAUGAUCACCGAGGGAAUGACAUUUGAGAUUUUGAAUUUAUAUGAAAAUACAUUCCCUAAACUUACUGAGCAGUAUUUUGAAAAUACCCCAUGGCCAGAUGAGAAAGAAGUCUCACCAGUUGUAGACAAUGAUCAUGUGUUCAUGAUUCUCUACAAAGAACUUUACUUCCGUGAUAUCUAUGCACGGGUACCAGGUGGGCCUAAACCUGAGCAAAGAUUCUUGUCAUUCUACAAUUAUUGUGACCUAUUUAAUUACAUCCUCUCAGCUGAGAAACCAGUUCCUCUUGAAUUGCCUGAUCAAUGGCUCUGGGAACUCAUUGAUGAAUUUGUCUACCAAUUUCAAUCUUUUGCUCAGUACAGAUCCCGUACUUCUAAGUUAAGUCAAGCUGAGAUUGAAGCUUUGAAUACGGAGAACAAAGCAUGGAAUGUCCUUUGCAUUCUGAAUGUCCUGCACUCUCUUGUAGAUAAAUCUAACAUCAAGCGUCAACUAGAGGUAUAUGUCACUGGUGGGGACCCAGAUUCUGUGGCUGGAGAGUUUGGCCGUCACUCUCUUUACAAAAUGCUUGGUUAUUUCUCUUUGGUUGGUUUGCUACGGUUGCAUUCUUUGCUUGGAGAUUAUUACCAAGCUAUAAAGGUGCUCGAAAAUAUUGAGCUCCACAAGAAGUCUCAAUAUUCCCACGUACCUGCAUGCCAGAUCUCCACAUCCUACUAUGUGGGCUUCGCGUACAUGAUGAUGCGUCGUUAUGCCGACGCCAUUCGCACGCUUUCUUCAGCUCUGCUUUACAUGCAGCGCACUAAGCAGCUGUUCUCGACUCGUUCUUACCAAAACGAUCAGAUCAACAAACAAACAGAACAGAUGUAUCAUCUGCUCGCAAUCUGCUUGGUACUCCACCCUCAGUGUGUCGACGAGUCCAUACAACAGGUUCUUCGUGAAAAGAACUACCACGAGAAGAUGUUCAAGAUGCAAUAUGGCGACCUCGGAGAGUUUGAGAGCUGCUUCACGUUCGCGUGCCCCAAGUUCCUGUCGCCCUGCCCUCCGCCCAUCGAGCCUGGCUCCAACUACGGCCGCGACGCCGUCAAACACCAGACGCAGGUCUUCAUGGACGAGGUUCGCCAACAAAAAAUGCUACCCACUAUCCGCUCGUACCUCAAACUGUACACGACGCUGCCGCUGGCCAAGCUGGCCGCCUUCAUGUCGGCAGCUCGCGGCGGGGAGCGCGACGCGGCUCGCGAGCAUGCCGCGCUCGCCAUACACCUGCUGUGCUUCAAGCACAAGAUGAAGAACGUAGUAUGGACCAAGGGCCCGAGUGGACUCGACGGCAGGUUCCAGAGUGGAUCUGAGUUGGACUUCUACAUUGAUAAUGACAUGAUCCACAUUGCGGACACAAAGGUGGCUCACCGUUAUGGCGAUUUCUUUAUUCGCAAGCUUCUUAAGUUUGAAGAACUCAACCGCAAAUUGCAUCAUAUUAAAAUAUAAAUAUCUUUUGUAAUGUAUUGUUGUACCAUUACAUUUGUAUCAAAAUAAAAAACUAAAAAAAUAUUUUAUAUUUUAUUUCAUAUUUACAAUCUUGGUCUAUAAUGUAUAAAUUUACGGCUUCUCUUAUAAAACUUUUUUGGUUCAACAAUUUUCAUGUUUUCCCUUUGUAUUGGUGUUGGAUUUGCUUC